GGGAUAUGGGCAAGGUGAAGAGGUAGGCGCACAGAAAGGGAAAGCAGUGCCAGAGAAACGGACAUCAUGAAACCACAAUUGGCCUUUCUGUUGACCUGUCUAAUAAGGACGAGCUUUGGUCUUCCAGUGCAGAUAGGGAUUCUUGCCAGCAACAGCAAUGAGAUUUUGAGACUGAAUGGACUCACUCUGGCUGCUCUAGGACAAACACAGGGCUCUUCGAUAUUACCCCAGUUUGUUCUGCAGCAGCAGCAACCUGAGGUGCUGCUCACCCCACAGGUGGUGAACUUAAAUCCUCAGGUGGCUGGUCCGUUUGGCCCUCAGGGGCCACAAGUACUGUUUCCUACACAGGGAAACCAGCUACCGCCUGUGCUCAUCCCUAACGGCCAGCAGGAGCAGCUUGGACCUCCACAGGACCCCAACUCCCCUAAUAUCCCUCAGCAGGCUCAAAACCCAGUGCAGAUGUUUCCACAGUUUCAGUACCCUGCUUAUGGAUUUCCUCAGCUUCCCAGACAACAGGGCUUCCCUUACUUUGUGCCUCCUUAUGGCUACCCUCAGCAGAGGAACACUGUGGUUCUGCCGCCUAACAACGGUCAGGUUAUUCAGCCAAAUCUGGAAAGGACUACUCAGAGGCCACAGCUCCCUCUGCAGCAGGCCUCCCAGCCAAAGGUGCAGACAGAUAGAACAUGGUCUCUGGGGACACACAAAGAAUCCACUACAAUCCCUCCUGAUCCUCGUGGUGAUACAUCUGGUCCUGGGGUUGAUGAGGGUCAUUCCAACUUCCCCUUCCUGUUUGAGCCUUAAACUUGAACUGGAAACCAACAAGACAAGAAUCCUUCGAGUGUUCGACCAAGUUCAUUCUCCUUCAACACUGCAAAGUGCAUUUUACUUGUUGUUUGUACAAUAGUGUAAACUGAAACUCUGCUCUCAUCUCAAGAUGUCAAAUAAAGAACUUUAUCAAAGUAAAUGAGU